AUGGCAGAACAUGUAGAUCUCCCACCUUAUGGACAGAAGUUGGGGAAACACAGAUUUUGGGGCAACAGAGUCUUCAGCGUGAUGCAGAGAUGGUUUGUACCAUCAGGCGCAGUAUCCCCUACGAAAGGAGUAAAAAGGUUUGGGUUGAAGGGUAAGUUGGCACCUCGCUACAUUGGACCCUUCCAGAUUCUCGAGAGGAUAGGUGAGGUGGCGUAUCGACUGGCGCUACCACCAGCACUUACUGGGGUGCAUGAUGUAUUCCAUGUAUCUAUGUUGAGGAGAUAUGUACCGCACCCUUUGCAUAUUCUCACUGAUGUAUCAGUUGCACUUCAGCCGGAUAUAUCUUAUGAGGAGAUUCCAGUUCGGAUUAUGGACCGUAAAGAGCGCCGGUUGCGGAACAAGACAAUUCGACUGGUCAAGGUUGGAUGGCGGCAUCACUCAGACGAAGAAGCCACCUGGGAGUUGGAAGAUAAGAUGCGAGCUAGUUACCCACACCUAUUCACUGAAGGUGAGUAA